UGAUGAUCUCUAAAAUAAUUGAUUACUGGCAAUAGUUUAAUGAACUAAUCCCAUUUCGAUGAUCCUCAUUUUGAUUGGAUAUUUGAAUCAUGCACAUCUUGAAAAGAGAGAGUUUAUUAACCAAAUUGAUAAAUUGGUUUUCUUCUAGAAAUAGAAUGGCUCUAUUUAAUAGUUGGAAAUUAAAUCAUAAUAUGUCUGAAGAUGCAUUUAAAAUAUUCAACUAUAAUGUUUUAUAGUGUGGGUGUAAUUAGUCAAAGAAUGAGAUCUGAAUUUUCUUAUUUUAUGAAUAUGAACUAAUAUUAAUAUGAUAUUGAAAUUGUAAAUACAUAAAUUAUUUUUCCAAACUUUAGGAGGCUGGAUAUGUUGGACCUAUUGUUAGAAAAUUAACAUACUUAGUAUAAUGCUCCUCCUAAAAUCAGGAAAAAGAGGUAUCAAUUGAAAAUUAAAUAGAUUUUUGGCAACACCUUCUCAUUUAGCAUUAAUAACAUUAAAUUUGAGUGAUAAUUGCGAAAAUUUAAAUGAGGAAGUUAAGCAUCAGAGUAGAAUGAAGCUACAACCUAUUUUAAUUAUCAGAUUUUUAGAACAAAAAAUUGAAGAACUAUUCUGAAAUUAUAAUGUGAAUAAUAAAUUAGAAAGAAC